AAAAGACCAGGGAGUCUGGCACUAGAAGAGUAGGCUAUAUAUAAUGAGAUGAGUUGGAUCUAGUCCCUCUCCCAUGGUCUCGGCAUCAUCAUCGUGAAAACCAAGAAACGAGGAAGAAGAAAUUUCCUAAACCUCUUAAGCCAUGGGUCUGAAGGAGGAUUUCGAAGAGUAUGCCGAGAAGGCAAAGGCCUUGCCCGAGACCCAGAGCACCAGCAAUGAAGACAAGCUUAUCCUCUAUGGACUCUUCAAGCAUGCCACUGUUGGGGUUGCGAAUACAGCUCGGCCUGGUAUGUGCAACAUGAGGGAGAGGGCCAAAUGGGAUGCAUGGGAAGCUGUUAAAGACAAAUCUAAAGAAGAAGCCAUGAACGACUACAUUACCAAGGUGAAGCAGCUCCAGGAGGAGGCAGCUGCUGCAGGCGCCUGUUAAUUAUUUGGUGCAAUCAGCUAUUGUCAGCGACGAACCCUUUGUGCUAUCUUAUUAUGAUAGCUAUAUCAUUCUGUCCACCGCAGUUUACUAUCAUCUAUGAAGACUACUAAAUAUUUUCUA